UAAAAAAUUGUAGGCUAAUGCAGCAUCUGGGAUGGCUGUGCAUGAUGAUUGCAAGCUGAAGUUUUUAGAGUUGAAGGCAAAAAGAACCUACCGUUUCAUCAUCUAUAAGAUUGAAGAGAAGCAAAAGCAGGUUGUUGUGGAAAAGCUUGGUGAACCAACUGAAAGCUAUGAGGAUUUCGCUGCAGGCCUCCCUGCUGAUGAGUGUCGAUAUGCUGUCUAUGACUUUGAUUUCAUGACCGAAGAAAACUGCCAGAAGAGCAGAAUAUUCUUUAUUGCUUGGUCACCUGACACGGCAAGGGUGAGAAGCAAGAUGAUUUAUGCAAGCUCCAAAGACAGGUUCAAGAGAGAGCUUGAUGGAUUCCCACUAAGAUUACCAAUGACUUUGCAUCAAAUUGUUCAGAAUGCCCUUGCGAAUGGCAUAAACAAGCUAGUUCAGAUUGUGGAUCCUAAUCUAGCUUCAUAUGUCUCCAAGAAACAUGAUGUACUAGAGGGACUUCUUAACUUGGCUUUGUCCUGCACCUCUGCUGAUCCUGAAGAUAGACCUGACAUGGAACAAGUUUUGUCUUCUCUUUCAAAGCUAAGUAAGAUGGACUGCAUGCCUUCACAUUUGGUAAAAGAUUAA